AUGGCGGGUGCUUCGUGGUCGUCUGAGCGUCGGAGUCGGGAAGCCGCCUUCUACAAACGAAACAAGGAAACUUCAAUGGGCCCCCGUAGGGGCCCCCCAGGGGGCCUAAGGGACUUGGGGACCCCUGAUACGCCCUGCUGUGCGCCUGACUGCACGCCACCCGCGUCCAGCCGCGUGGAAUCUUCUCGAAAGAGAAGCAGCGGAAUAGACUCAAGGAAAAGGGAGUGCGAGGUUUCCGAUUCCGAGUGCAGCAAAGAGAACGUUGGCAACAGCAACAAUACGGAAAGUGGGGGUCUUGAGCAGAGCUCCAAGCGCCUUUUCGGAAAGGAAAAGGAUCAAAGACCCACGAAACUGCAGCGCGCAUCGAGCGGCAAUCACUCUAAUGGCGGAAACAGCAGUAGGAAGGGAGAUGAGACAGGCGUUGAAUCUGUUGUUCCUCGCGUACACCGGGAGUUGCGUUGCCUAAUUCCUUCUGUGCCCCUGAAAAGCCGGAGAACGUCUUCUUACGCUCCAAAAUGGAGUUUGAGGGAGAAACUGGAUCUCCUGCUGAAGAUGGGAAUCGUUGCCACUACAAAAGUCAAUGAAAGCGAGGAGGUCCACACACUCAGCAUCUGUGGCCAGUUUGCGGAGGAAAACCACCUGGCUAUGAUGCAAGACAGCGACAGAGUCUCCUACUACAGAAAAGCAAUGAACUGGACCGGGGAUCCGUCGAGUGCUCGCCGCAAGCUUGUUGAGGGGCGCCGCGUGCUGGAAAUCGGAACGGGCCCUUUUUCUCUGCUCUCCGUGAAUGCAGUAGCUGCCGGCGCAGCCCAUGUUGUGGCACUGGAAGCUUCGCGGCCUUCCCACUCGCGGGCUAAGAAGUUCGUCGAGGCAAUUGGAAUGAGCCAAAAGAUUGAUGUCAUCCACGGGUACUCGAAGCGGAUCCCAACGGAAGUUUUCAAAGAUCCACAAAUUAUCAUUCACGAGAUCAUAGGCGACUUUGCUUCUCAGGAAGGUGUCGCCGAUGCGGUUUCCGAUAUCCAGGAGAGGACAGGCUGCCUCCCGUUGAGUAUCCCUUUUGGGGCCGAGACGCUUAUCUGCCCGGCCAGUCUGCCGGAGCCGGAGCAUUUCUUGUAUCCUGCGCACUCUUACGAGGGUCGUAGCAUACUCUCCCCCCGCCGCAUCCUGCUCCAGUCUGUUCGCCUUAACACAACGCAUCUACUUCUCAGCGAAGGCUUCCAGCCAUUCGAGACACUCAAGUUUCAAGAGCCGAUGGCCAAGCAAAUGGAACAACGCAAAACCCUCAGCUUUGUCAUCCACAAACCGGGACAUAUGGCAGGGUUGCUAGUCGUCAUCAAGAUCGAGAUAUAUCCCGGACAGUUUUUUGGCACGUUCCGUAACGGUGAGACAGACUCGUGGUAUACUUCGCUUGUAUUGCUGCCGGAGGAGAUUGAAGUCGAGACAGGGGACAACAUAACAGUGGAAACUCUAGCAAACAUGCGCAACUAUUCAAGAGUCAGCGGCUCCAAACAAUCGCAAAAAACAGCGGGAAAAGCCGAAACCUCCAUUCUCGUCUCUAAGCCGACCUACACGUUCACCAUCUCGGUAUUUAGACCGUCGUUCAGCUGCCGCAAGCCGCUCAAGGCAUUCAAACCGAUUGUCGUAUCCUUCGAGGAGCAGGCACCCGUCCUCAGCGGGGCAACACGGAAGUACGCAGACAAAAGAUGA